AUGGGAAACCACCACAGCCAUGAUACAAAGGGCGGGGGAGAUCAAUCAGGUAGUGGAACUAGCACGCCGCGAGGUUCCCAACGAGGUGCUGGCUCUCGUUCCGGUUCUGGUGGUGACUUGCAAGGCCUAGCGGAGGCUAAGGAGAAGCCUCCGCCGUCUAUGGUGCCGGUGGAGAAGCUCGGCAAGUUACUAGUCCAGAGGUCACAAAAAGAAGAUGGAGUCAACGGAGUCACAGAGAACUCUUUCACAAAAUACCUAUUCCCGAUGUACCCGGAGCUGGCCCGCCAGUUCUUCAAGUACAUCCACCGCGUGGGCAAGUGCAAAAACAAACACAUCCCACUGUCCACGUUCCGGCAGCAGUGCGAGAAGAUACUCGCCAUGCUGGACGACGCCAUGAUCAUCGAGACUUACGUCAGGAUGUUCGCUGCAGAGACGGACGAGAACAUGGUGACCCCGGACGGGCUGCGCAGUCUGCUCUAUACCAGCUACAAGCUCUCCAUGGACCACUACCCUGAGGGGCCGCAGACUUGUCUCAUGAUCAACAAAACGUUAUCAGUGGUCGUGAACGGCUGCUUCAACAAGAAGGACAUGCACAGCGUCGGCUUCGUAGUGCGCUGGCUGGAGGAGCACUGUCACAGACUUAUAUUCCCAGUGCAUAGGUACUGCGUGCACAUGUUGGCGACGCGGCACCGCGACAUAGCGUCGUGCGUGGAGUCGAGCGGGUCGGGGUCGGGGCUGGAGCUGGCGACGCCGGUGCUGGAGCGCGGCGCGUGGCAGGCGGCCAGCGCGCUGCUGCCCGUGUCGGUGGCCUGGCUGCUGGCCGGCACGGCGCCGCCGCUCUACUCGCGCCCCACGCAGCCCCCGCCGCAGCCCGCGCACGGCGGCGGCCUGGCGUCAGCAGCGUGGUUGGCUCGCCUAGUAUGCGCGGUGCCGUCUCACUGGGCGCAGCUGUACGCGUCCCGCGACCACGGCCUGGGCGCCAACCGGUUCCUGCAUCAUACACUCGCCUACAGGGGCCCUACGAUAGUGCUGCUGUCAGGCGGCGAGCUGGUGGUGGCGCUGUGCGCGGCGCAGGAGUGGCGGGAGACGCACCAGUACUGGGGCGGGCAGGACUCCGCGCUACUGCAAAUACAGCCCACGUUUUCAGUAGUAGAGAAGGGUCCGAAGAUGUUGUACCUGAACACUGCGAUCCGUGGCUACCCGAAGGGUCUCCGCGCGGGCUCCGACCCUCGCAAGCCAUUGCUUAUCAUACCGGAGGACUUCGACUCCAUCACCUUCAAGGGAGUGCCGUAUCCUCUCGAGGCUAUUGAGGUAUGGGGUUGCGGCGACCAGACAUCCCGCGAGGUACAGCUGGAGAUCAAGAAGUGGCAGGUCAAGGAGGCGGAGAGGCAACGAUGUGUGAAGUUGUCGGCGGCGGACUGGAUCGAGCACCCCGACCGCUACCUGCUGGAGCUGGCCGGCCGCCCGCAGUACAACAACUCGGCCAGCUAG